AAAGGUUAUAAAACCACCGGAUACAAAUCUUUCGGGCGCACUAGUCUGUAGGUUCUUAUCGUCUCAUCUCUUUAGUCUCUUCUCUUAAAACGCCGUCACUGCUUCCUCUCGAAUUUGUAAUUUCUUAGAUUUCGUAAAUCCUGAGGUAUCAUUUGACGCGAAGCCCUGACUUUCUGCUUUUGCUUUUUUGUUUUAUUGUGCGGUUCUGGUUUACAUCACGUGAUUAUCGAUAGCGACUUGACUAAAGGAUAGAUGGACAUGAUUUCCGUGAAGGAAAAAAUGGAAGUUAAAAGGAGGGAUGAUCUGAAGAAACCCUUAUUGCAGCAUGUAAAUGGAGUUGCAAAUGACAUCCCCCAACAGAUUAAUGCUGGAGGUAAGAAAUUUAGGACGGUAAAGUUCAAAAUACAGGAGAUCAAGUGUGCUUCUUGUUCAGCAUCUGUUGAAUCUGUGCUGUUGAAACUUAAUGGGGUUGAGAGUGCCAUGGUGUCACCCCUUGAUGGCCAGGCUGCAGUUAAAUAUGUUCCCCAGCUUGUUACUGUGAAACAAAUUAAGGAAACCAUUGAAGAAGCAGGUUUCCCUGUUGAUGAUUUUCCAGAACAAGACAUAGCAGUAUGCCGCCUCAAGAUUAAAGGAAUGAUGUGUACCAGCUGCUCUGAGUCUGUAGAAUGUGCCCUUCAAAUGGUAGAUGGAGUGAAAAGGGCUGUGGUUGGUAUAGCUCUUGAAGAAGCAAAGGUUCAUUUUGAUCCAAAUGUCACUAAUACUGACCGUAUCAUUGAGGCAAUAGAAGAUGCUGGAUUUGGAGCUGAUUUGAUUAAUUCUGGCAAUGAUGCAAACAAAGUGCAUUUAAAACUUGAAGGAGUUAAGUCACAGGAAGAUGCUAACUUUAUUCAGACCUUUCUUGAGUCAGUUGAAGGUGUAAAUCAUGUUGAAAUGGAUAUGGAAGAAAAUAAGGUGACAGUUAGCUAUGACCCUGAACUCACUGGCCCAAGAUCUAUUAUACGGUACAUUAAUGGAGAUUCCCAUGGCCCUAACAUUUAUCGUGCAAGCUUAUACAUUCCUUCAAGACAAAGAGAAGCAGAGCAGCAGAAAGAAACUUGGAUGUACAAGAACCAGUUCUUGCUAAGCUGCUUGUUUACCAUCCCUGUUUUUCUGUUUUCAAUGGUACUUCCAAUGCUUCCUACUUAUGGUGGCUGGCUAGACUACAAGGUUCAUAACAUGCUCACUAUUGGGAUGCUCUUAAGAUGGAUCCUCUGCACACCAGUGCAGUUUGUUGUUGGCCGCAGGUUCUAUGUGGGAUCAUAUCAUGCAUUGAGACGAAAAUCUGCUAAUAUGGAUGUUCUGGUCGCACUUGGCACUAACGUUGCUUAUUUUUACUCUAUAUAUAUAGCAAUGAAAGCAUUGACUUCAGAUAUAUUUGAAGGGCAAGAUUUCUUUGAGACUAGUGCCAUGUUGAUAUCCUUUAUUCUCUUAGGGAAAUAUUUGGAGGUUGUUGCCAAAGGGAAAACAUCAGAUGCUUUAGCAAAGCUGACAGAACUUGCCCCUGAUACAGCUCAUCUUUUAAUAUUAGAUGAUGAAGGAACAGUCAUUUCAGAGAUGGAAAUCAGUACUCAGCUGAUACAGAGGAAUGAUAUAAUCAAGGUUCUACCGGGAGAAAAAGUUCCAGUGGAUGGGAUAGUUAUCGAUGGUAAAAGUCAUGUGAAUGAGAGUAUGAUUACUGGAGAGGCAAAGCCUGUUUCUAAAAAACCCAAUGAUACGGUUAUUGGUGGGACCAUGAAUGAGAAUGGUUGCUUACUGGUUAAGGCUACUCAUGUUGCGUCAGAGACGGCUCUUUCUCAAAUUGUUCAACUUGUAGAAGCUGCUCAGCUUUCCAGAGCACCUGUUCAGAAACUAGCCGAUCAGAUCUCAAAGUUUUUCGUCCCAACAGUUGUUGUUGCAGCAUUUAUUACAUGGCUCGGAUGGUUCAUCCCUGGCGUGGCUGGACUUUACCCAAAACAUUGGAUUCCAAAAGUCAUGGAUGAGUUUGAGCUUGCUCUACAGUUUGGUAUUUCAGUAUUGGUGGUUGCUUGCCCAUGUGCUCUUGGACUGGCAACCCCGACUGCUCUCAUGGUUGCCACAGGGAAGGGUGCUUCUCAAGGUGUGCUUAUCAAGGGAGGAAUUGCACUUGAAAAGGCACACAAGGUAAAGACAGUUGUCUUUGAUAAGACAGGGACACUGACAGUUGGGAAGCCUGAAGUAGUCAGUGCAGUGCUCUUUUCUCAUUUUUCAAUGGAGGAGUUCUGCAACAUGACCACUGCUGCUGAGGCAAAUAGCGAACAUCCAAUAGCGAAAGCUGUGGUGAAGCAUGCAAAGAAGCUGAGUCAGAAGUUUGGCUCCCAUACUAAACUGGUUAACGAGGCUAAGGACUUUGAGGUGCAUACUGGAGCUGGUGUAAGUGGAAAAGUUGGUGACAAAAGAAUUUUAGUUGGAAACAAGAGGCUCAUGCAGGCGUUUCAUGUCCCUGUUGAAUCUGCGGUGGAGAACUAUAUUUCGGAAAACGAGCAACUGGCCCGAACUUGUGUUUUAGUUGCCAUUGAUGGAAAAAUUGCUGGAGCUUUUGCCGUAACUGAUCCCGUGAAGCCUGAGGCCCGGGUUGUUGUAUCUUAUCUCCAUUCAAUGGGCAUUUCAAGCAUCAUGGUAACUGGUGAUAAUUGGGCCACGGCUACUGCCAUAGCAAAAGAGGCUGGAAUAGAGAAGGUAGUUGCUGAGACAGACCCAAUUGGAAAAGCUGAUAAGAUAAAAGAAUUACAGGUAAAACUUUUGGACAUGAUUAUAAUUGCAUGGUGCUUUAUAAACAAUUUGUACAUCCCUUUUGUUUUCUUGAAUUGGCAAUGGAUGCAGUUAAAAGGGAUGACGGUGGCUAUGGUGGGAGAUGGAAUAAACGACUCCCCAGCUUUAGUUGCAGCUGAUGUAGGGAUGGCAAUAGGUGCAGGGACAGACGUAGCAAUAGAAGCAGCGGAUAUAGUUCUCAUCAAAAGCAACUUAGAAGACGUAAUCACAGCGAUAGAUCUUUCAAGAAAGACCAUUUCUCGAAUUCGUCUCAACUACGUUUGGGCACUUGGUUAUAACAUUCUCGCCAUGCCUAUUGCCGCCGGAAUUCUCUACCCCUUCACUGGAAUCCGACUACCACCAUGGCUGGCCGGGGCUUCCAUGGCAGCUUCAUCGCUAAGUGUGGUUUGUUCCUCUCUCUUAUUGCAGUCUUAUAAGAAACCAUUGCAUAUUAAAGCCUCUUAAGGGACGGUAGUUCACUAGUACCAAAUGAUAAUGUUAAUUUAUAGAAUUUGCUGUAAAUUUGUAGGGUAAAUGAGAUAUGAUGAUUGAAAUAUGAUAAAUGAAGUAAAGAAGGGAGGGGGGAGUUGAAAAAUAGUGUUAGACAUGGUUAAUUUAACUUUUUUCAUUUUAAUACAACUUUCUCAUUUCAUUCUCUUA